CCUCCUCAUUGCCGUCCAUGCUCCUGCUCUGACCGCUGAUUUCCCUAGCUCACUGCCCAGGCCGGUCUUUCCAUGCUAUCACCGAGCCCUGCUUCCUGCACAUCUCCCAACCCAGACGGGGAGAACCCGAGCAAGAAGGUCCAGUGGGCUUCACAGGGGAGGAGGAGGACGUCAUCCACAGACUCGGAGGCCAGGUCCCACACAGACCCCUGCAGGCUGGCCAGGUCCCGCAGGCCCAGCCGGCUGACGGUGAAGUAUGACCGGGGGCAGCUGCAGCGCUGGCUGGACAUGGAGCAGUGGGUGGACACACAGGUCCAGGAGCUCUUCCAGUCCCCCAGGUCAGUGGGAUUACAGAUGAACGCCUCCAUGCCUGGCUUGGAUCAAGCCGACCCCUUUGAGCCGGAGAUUGACCUGGAGGCUCUCAUGGAACUUUCCACUGAGGAGCAGAAGACUCAUUUGGAGGGCAUUCUCCGAGACUGUCCCCGGCCCACUGAGCCUUUUAUCUCUGAGCUGCUUAGUCAGCUCAAAAAACUUCGGAGACUCAGCCGGCCUCAGAAGUAAGCCCCGAGAGACCAUCCUGGGCAGCCUCCACACUGCCAGGCCUGUCGUGAACUCCCGGAUCCUGGAUGAGCAGGA